ACUUAGAACUUUUUUUUGGAAAAACAAAAUAGCGUUCUUAAUGAAAACACUCACAGCUACAUCUGUGACUCGCGGUAAUAAAGCUUUCGAGGUCGAAUCAUCUCGGAACAAAGUGCUUCCGGGCAGAGUAAGAUGAGUUCUCUAUUUUCAAAAAUGGUUGUUAAAUUUCUAUCUUUUUUACGUGUGGCGCCAAAAACACAAACACACCUGAAAGUUUAGAACACGCUGGCUCACACGAUGCACCCUUUUUUGGCACGCAAAACGCGUUUGGCUUGAAGCGAUAUAAAUCAGCCACAAGUUGCACAAGUGUCAGUCUAACGUGAGGUCGUGGGCUUGCGUGUGCGAAAAAUGGCAACCUGGAUACUCGUGGCGAUCGCAUCCUGCUUGAUUGGUGGACUACAAGCCCAAACCAACUACUGCACCACAUCUUACUGCCGUAGCGGACUUCCGAACAUCGGUUGUAAACCGCCUGGAACACCCGGUGGACCUGGCUGUAAUGGAAAAAGUCCCGAGGCGAUAGUGCUAAACUCUACCUACCAAUCGUUCAUCCUCAACGAGCACAACACACGCCGAUCGCAGUUUGCUCUGGGUCGGUUAUCGUCGUUCCUUCCGGCAAGCCGCAUGCCCACGCUCACCUGGGAUGCGGAGCUGGCAAAGCAGGCCGGCAACAAUGCACGUAACUGCACCUUUGCAAACGAUCCCUGCCGUAAUACGGCCGUGUACGCAUGGGCUGGACAAAAUCUUGCUUUUACAAAGUUUUUCGGCAUAACCAAGACGAUCGAGCAGUUGCUUAAGGAAGCGAUUGAAAGCUGGUGGAGUGAGAACAGUGUUACUACACAAGCGCAACUAAACAGCUAUCCAAGAACGACUACUGGACCAAGAAUUGCCCAGUUUACACAGAUGGUGAGUGAUCAAACUGCCCGUAUGGGAUGCGCACUGCAGCACUGGCUGCAGUCACCGUUGAAAGUGUACUAUCUUGUCUGUAACUAUGCCGUAACCAACGUCAUGGGUACUCCUGUGUACAAGCGCGGUGCCGUCGGCUCGGGCUGUACUACUGGCCGCAAUCCGAAUCCUACUCUUAAUGGGCUAUGUUCGGUAGCUGAAAAAAUCAACCCCGUGCCCAACUGAGCAGAUGCGAUGCAAUAAAUAAAUUAAUGACUCCACGUCCCACUACCUACUGACCUACUAACUAAGCACAGCACUAAACUCAUUUCACUCGCCUCAGUAAUAGGCUCUGUGACACUGUAACGUAUUCUUCUUCCAGAUUUGUUUUGCCUUUCCGUGAAUACCAAUUUCAAAACAGCUGUUGUCUGUUAUGGCAUCUCGUUUGAAGCAUCUAGCGCGGUGCGAUAGAAAUGAAGCGCACCAGCCUUAUCUGUGCAAUUUGAACAGAUGUUCAGCUAUCUAGAUAUUGAGAGUGAGGUAACUGAGGUAGACAAGACUUGAAUACUUUUUUUGGAUCUUUACCACCGUUCUUCUUUUUUUUUGUUAAUUUACACAUUUUUCCGUGAGCUAUUUGCUGUUCAAAUCCCUUAAAGUACCUGAUGGACUUCCAAUUUAUGAAGUUUUUUUGUCUUGUAUUCUUAGUGCACGGUGUUCUUGUUGUACGAUGCAAAUUAACAUCAUAAUAUUUAAAGCAAGUUUUACUCACAUGAACAGGGUGUUCAAGCCAAAUUUGAGAGUUUUCUAGGGGGAAAAAAUUGAGAAAGAUAAAUUAUUU